UGAGGAUGCAGAAGCUGCUGGAGGAGCGCGCACUCAAAAGGAAAAACGCAAGUGAGCAAUCAAAGCAAACUGUGUGGAGAAAGGAGAAACUGAUCCAACAAGUGCUCAGAAGAGAGGAAACAGAAGGUGAAAGAAGAAAAAGAAGUGAUGGAUCACUCCAAACAGACACAGUACAGCUCAAACGAGAAGAAAGACACCGGGGACAGCGGCUCCGUGCUGAACGGACACUUUGAAGGGAUGGUGAAGCGGCCAGCCGGCGGCACCGGGCGCUCCGCCGCUCCCCAGCCUCCGGGCGCAGAGUCCGGUUCGCACCGGCCGGCCGCCUCGGUGAUGGAGAGCUGGAGGGAGGAGCGCACCAGGAGCGUGGAGGACAACGAGAUGAGCCUGCCGUCCCUGGCCGCGGCUUACACCACCAUCCUGCGGGGGCUCGGGGAGGACCCGCAGCGGCAGGGGCUCCUCAAAACCCCCUGGAGGGCCGCCACCGCCAUGCAGUUCUUCACCAAGGGCUACCAGGAGAAAAUUAUCGACGUGCUAAACGACGCCAUCUUCGACGAAGACCACGACGAGAUGGUGAUCGUCAAAGACAUCGACAUGUUCUCCAUGUGUGAACAUCACCUGGUGCCCAUCUUCGGCAGGGUUCACAUCGGUUACCUCCCCAACAAGAGAGUUCUGGGCCUCAGCAAGCUGGCCAGGAUUGUUGAAAUCUACAGCCGUCGACUACAAGUUCAGGAGAGGUUGACCAAACAAAUUGCUGUGGCGAUCACCGAGGCCCUGCAGCCCACCGGGGUCGGCGUGGUCAUCGAGGCAACUCACAUGUGCAUGGUGAUGCGAGGCGUUCAGAAGAUGAACAGUAAAACCGUCACCAGCACCAUGUUGGGAGUUUUCAGGGAAGAUCCAAAAACCCGCGACGAGUUUCUGACGCUGAUCAGGAGCUGAGGAGGAUGAAGCUCCUCCUCUUCCUCCUCCUGUUGCCUGAGGUUACCUCCACCUGUGUGUGUGUGUGUGUGUCUCUGUGUGUGUGUGUGUGUGUUUCCAUCUCACCAAAGGCAGUGACAGAGUGUUUACUGUGCUUUCAGUCCGACUCGUCAGAUAAGGUGAGGCGUUACCAUGGUGAUUUCUGUGUGGGGGCGGAGUUUUGUUCGGGGCCGUGUGCUGACAUGCUGUUUACUUUUUAGAUGACGGGACAGACUUUACCCCCUUUUGUCCCCGCGUGUUGUGUGUGUUCAUUAAUCAAAUAUCAGUCUUUGGCCUCGAGAUACAGAAGGAGAGUUUAACGGAAAGAAUCCACCCUGAAAAAAAUAAUCGUUUUAUUCUUAAAAAGAUUAAUUACAUUUCCAGAUGACAUGAUGUAAUUUCCAGUUUAAAGGCCCUUUACAAAGACUGUGUCACAAAUUGGCAGCACAAAAAUAAAAAAAUGUGCAGGCGAACAGCAUAAAAUUUUACAGUAAUAUCUUUGUUUUUGAGCUCAGUGAACAGUCAGAGUUCUUCGGGGCUGGAAAAAAAAAGAGAUUCUUAUAAAUAAUUGAUUAAUUAUUUAUAAGUCGAGCAAAAAUGCCAAACAUUUGCAGAUUCCGGCUUCUGAAAUGUGUUUAUCAUUUUAAAUAAAAUAUCUUUAGACUGUUGGUCGGACUAAACAAGCAAUUUAAAGACGUUACUAAACAACUAAUCCAUCGAUUGAAAAAAGAAGUGAAAGAUUAUUCGAUAAUGAAAAUAAAAUCCCUUUGCUUUAAAUCGUGUUCGAUCAUGUUUUUGUGAUGGACGGCACUUUAACGCUCAAAAACCUCAGUUUACAAACUUCCUUUCCUUUUAUUCAGGACUUUUUGGUUUGCUGAGAAAUCAGUUGAUUUGAAACUAGAAUUGAAACCAUGAAGUUUAUAUUAUCAAAAAAGACAUCUUGAAACAUUUGGUGCAAAAUCACUGGGGGGGAAAUAUGAGCAGACUGCAUCUGAAAAUGACACCAGUAUUCAAUUUUCAGCGUCUUAUUAUUAUUAUUAUUAUUAUGGUCCUGUUGAAGGAUCUGCCUGUAUGUGCCAACUCGCCUCUCCAUUAAAACCAAACGACUUCACGGUGACGUGACGAGGCAGCCGGCGGGACGCUGUGCUGCAGACUCACCGCUGCCUGAAAACAAACUGAACAUUUUCAGUUUCCAUGAGAGGCAAAUUAAAUGUGUGUGUGUCCUUCACAGUUUUCAUCCCAACAGAUGAACAGUGUGGAAACAAGUGUGUCUGUGUGUGUGUGUGUGUAUGUGUGUGUUGUUUGGUGACUUUGUGUUUACUCAUGUAGCAUAUUUUUGCAUUUCAAAGCAUGAUAAUGUCCCCAGACAGAUUUUGGAAGGUUUUAACUCGUGUCAUGUGGUGACUGAAGUCGUGUGUGUGUGUGUGUGUGUGUGUGUAUGUGUGUGUUGGAGGGAAGAUGAGCGCUGACAAACGGCUCUGAUGUUGUUGUUUUUGUGGCCUUGUUGAGAAGGACGGCCUGUUCUGUGGCCCCCUUCACCUUCAUUGUCACUUUAUGUAUAUGUUCAUUUCAAAUACUUUUUAAUCAAAGAAAAUAAAACUAUGUGACACCGA